AAGAUCUCGCGGUGCUGCGCGCGCUCGGCUCCAGACGCCUCCGCCUCCUCCUCCUUGUGCUGCUGAGAGCGGUGACUGUGCGCACAGCUGGGCGGAGAGGCGCGCCGGCAACCAGCCGCGGCAGGAGCAGCAAGCGCGAGCCAGGCGGGGGUCGCCCCGCGUGAGGCGCCCUCAGGUGUGAGGGGGAAAGGCGCCGCCGCUGCCGCCGUCACUACCACCCUCAGCCUCGCCCAGUCCGAUGUCGCGGCGGCACCGUCAGUAGCUGCUUUCCCGCCCGAAUAUGGCCACCCCGGCAACGUGCACCCGCUUCACCGACGAGUACCAGCUGUACGAGGAGCUCGGCAAGGGAGCUUUUUCAGUAGUCCGUCGCUGUGUGAAGAAAACCUCAUCCCAAGAGUAUGCUGCAAAGAUCAUCAAUACGAAGAAACUGUCAGCCAGGGAUCACCAGAAGCUGGAACGUGAAGCUCGAAUCUGUCGAUUAUUAAAACAUCCAAAUAUUGUGCGGCUCCAUGAGAGUAUUUCAGAAGAAGGUUUCCACUACCUCGUCUUCGAUCUGGUCACUGGUGGGGAACUCUUUGAAGAUAUUGUUGCCAGGGAAUACUACAGUGAAGCAGAUGCCAGCCACUGCAUUCACCAGAUUUUGGAGAGCGUCAAUCAUAUUCAUCAACAUGAUAUUGUACACAGGGACCUAAAGCCUGAGAAUUUGCUACUUGCAAGUAAGUGUAAAGGUGCUGCUGUCAAACUGGCUGACUUUGGACUUGCAAUUGAAGUGCAGGGAGAACAGCAAGCAUGGUUUGGGUUUGCUGGGACCCCAGGCUACCUGUCCCCUGAAGUCUUAAGAAAAGAUCCUUAUGGAAAGCCAGUGGAUAUAUGGGCAUGUGGAGUUAUUCUGUACAUAUUACUAGUGGGUUAUCCUCCAUUUUGGGAUGAAGACCAGCACAAACUAUAUCAGCAGAUCAAAGCAGGGGCCUAUGAUUUUCCUUCUCCAGAGUGGGAUACUGUGACUCCUGAAGCAAAGAACUUAAUUAACCAAAUGCUGACGAUAAACCCUGCGAAACGCAUCACGGCAGAUCAAGCUCUUAAGCACCCAUGGGUCUGUCAACGAUCUACUGUGGCUUCUAUGAUGCACAGACAGGAGACUGUGGAAUGCUUGAGAAAAUUCAAUGCCCGGAGAAAGCUGAAGGGUGCCAUCCUAACAACAAUGCUGGUUUCUCGGAAUUUCUCAGUUGGCAGGCAGAGCUCCGCCCCUGCUUCGGCCGCCAUGAGUGCUGCCGGCCUGGCUGAGCAAGCUGCCAAAAGCUUAUUGAAUAAGAAGUCUGAUGGAGUGAAGAAAAGGAAGUCAAGCUCCAGCGUGCAUUUGAUGCCACAGACCAACAACAAAGCCAGUAUAGUAAGCCCAGCAAAAGAAACGCCCCCAGUGCAGAUGUCCAUGGAACCACAAACUACUGUUGUCCACAAUGCCAAUGAUGGCAUAAAGGGUUCCACUGAAAGCUGUAAUACCACCACUGAAGAUGAGGACCUGAAGGCGCCCCCUCUCUCCAUCGGGGAUGGCAGUUCAGUGCUCGAAGGACGGAGUCACUGUGAGAGCAAAACCCAGACUGAGUCCAUGCAGUCCCAGCUUUCUCUGUGUUAUUCAGCCACUACUACUACACAAUCUUGUGAAGAGAAACUUCUUGCCUGGGAAAGCCCAGGGCAAACAGUGGAGUUGGAUCGUGCUCAGUCGGAGCCUGUCCUAACUCCAGUAGUUCCGUUUGCAAUUAACAAUCCACCAUUGCGUAAACAAGAGAUAAUCAAGAUAACAGAGCAGCUGAUUGAAGCAAUCAACAAUGGAGAUUUUGAGGCUUACACGAAGAUCUGUGACCCUGGGCUGACCUCAUUUGAACCUGAAGCACUGGGAAAUCUCGUGGAAGGGAUGGACUUCCACAAAUUUUACUUUGAGAACUUACUAUCCAAGAACAGCAAGCCAAUCCACACCACCAUCCUGAACCCGCAUGUUCAUGUUAUUGGCGAUGAUGCUGCCUGCAUUGCCUACAUCCGCUUGACACAGUAUAUUGAUGGCCAAGGCCGUCCCCGCACCAUGCAGUCUGAAGAGACCCGUGUCUGGCACCGCCGUGAUGGCAAGUGGCUGAAUGUCCACUACCACUGUUCUGGGGCUCCAGCAGCUCCGCUCCAGUGAAGCUGAAACAUGGCAGCUUUCGGAGAUACUCAGCAGGAGGGCAAUAUGUUCUCAGCAAGCAGCUCUGGAGUGCCUGAAUUACAGCAAUGGUCAUGUCCGUUUUGACGUUUAAAAAAAUAUGAAUUACAAACCGGCAGCAGCCAAAUGCACGAAACCCUGCAUGAAUCUGAUGCUCCAGGCGCUGCCAUCUUUCUGUUGUUUUUCCAUGGAUCCAUCGUGUCUGUUUCUGCUGUAUGAAGGUGUCUUAUAAAUCUCGAGAGAAACCCAUAUUGUUUGUAUAGAAAAGAGAUCAUCCAUGAUGGAGUGUCCCAUGCCUCCUCUCCAAGGCAGAUGAUGGGGCAGCAGCUGUGGAGCAUCUUUCAGAACCAGAGCAAAGGAAGAGGGGAGGGAGCAGCUUAGGCAGCAGAAUUCUGAAAUCUGUGCUCCGUGGAGGCAGAGUGGGAACUCACCUUGUGUUCAGGUUGUGCUGCAAAUUUAACCGGUGAGAUGUGGCUGGUGGAGCCCCCUGCCCCUACAGGUCAGCAUGGAGAAAAGGGGGGGCAAGAUGGAAUGAGGACAUUUUUUCAGCCCUCUGCCAUCCAGCAGACUGAUUUGAGCCCAAGUGUCAGUGGUGGAGAUGCAGCAGUCAGCAAACUGCUUGGCCACUUGCUCCCACUGACGGACUGCGUAAAAAUGAACAAGAAUGUUUUCAAGGAACAAGCAAAAGCUGGUUUUAAAUAGCAUAGGAGUUUGCUCUUCAGAGAUGCACUGGUUUGUACAAACAGCCACUCCUCGGGGGGUGUGAAGUCAACUUAUAAGGGUGAAGUUUAAGAGCAAAUGACAAGGGAAAGAAAGUACAUGAAUGGCUUUUAUUUUAUUUUAUUUUCUGCUUAGAAUAGAUGGGAUCCAGAGUGCUGCAGAAUAUGUGCUCCUUAGGAAACAGUUGAAAACCGUUGUGUUACAUUCUGCCCUGAUGAUUUGCACACACAUGUGUUUGCUUCUUGUAUGGUGUGUAACUUAGUUUGUGUUUUUUUUAACAUACAUAUAUAUUUGUGUGUUUGUGUGUGUAUACACACAUGCAUACAUACACAUGUGCACCCCCAUAAUGAUAGGGCUAGCUGGUUUCCCAGUUUUUUUCUGAUGAAACUAGCAAAGGGAACCAGCAACUUCAGGCAAGUGCUUUUUCCACUAGUCCAGUCCCUCUAACAUUGCUUUAAGUCCUGUUUGUCCCACUGAUUUUUAAAAAUUCCCUUCCUGAUCUAUAAUGGUAUAUUUAUUUGGUAAAUCAUUGGAUUAGAACCUAUAAGAAGAAGGUUCUACUUAACCUGUUGAAGUUUUCUCUGGUAGAGUAGAAAUCUUAUGUACCUCACCUAAACAGGAGGAUUGCCAUUUAGCAUCAACUAUCUUGGUCUCCCCUGCUAGAAUUAAUUGAUGUUCUUUAUUUCCUACAUGGGAAAAGUUGGGGUUUUAGAUUUUGGACAUUGCUUUAUCCUGUUUCUUAUUGGAGAUAGAAGGCUUCGUAGUAGACUUUCAAGCAGAAGUUUACCCCCUUGCUUUCUAUAUAUCCCAACUUUGAGGGAGUGGGAUUUUGCAUGUCCACUAACUGAAUUUUAGAAUGCCUUUGCUGCCUAAAUCAGAAUAUUUAGUGAAGGCAAACUUUUAAUGUAAUUUAGGCAAAAAAAAAUAAUUCUAUUUUGCAGGAGACAUCCCAGUUCCUAUUCCUGUGAAUGAGAUACUAUUAGCUCAAGCCCACAGCACUUAUCACAGCUUAUUUCCAGUGUAAAAAAGGGCACUCGCUCUUUGCAAAAGAUUGUUUGUGCAAAUCCUCCUCCUUCCUCUUUCAGCUUCAAUAAGAGAGUUAUAUGGAAGGGAGAUGUGGGUAGGGGGAGUUCUGUGUGUGUGUGUGGGAGAGAGAAAGAAAGAGAGAGAGAGACAGAUGCUAAACUUUGAAUAUAGAACAUCCGUAGACAGUACCAAGCUAGUGAGAGAGGUAACCAAGAAAAGCCUUGAUAAUUUUAUUCAGGUUUUUAACAAUAACGUGGGGAACAGGAAAUUAGUUAUGCAGCUUUUUAAAAAAAGGCAAAAUUCUGCAUGCUUCUAGGUCUGAUCUUUCCUUGUCUAUUUAUCUGAAAAUUAUUAAUAAGAAACCCUCUGUAUUAAGUAUCUGCAUCUUUCAAAAUAUUUUUGGAACAGUUUGAGUUGGAUUUUUUGUCUUUGUUUUUGCACAGUCUUUAAGACCUGUUCUAAUUAAUAAGAACCUUAGCUUGGUAUGGCCACAUUAUCAAAUACAGCUAUAGACGUUUAGCAUUCUUAAUGUUCUCUUAUGGGUUAAUGUAAGCAUCUAUAUAAUAUAUCAAGUUUUAAACAGGAAAUGGAAGACGUUUGAUGCAAAAAUUUUGCAUGAUAGAGAAAUAAUUGAAAUCAAGUUAGGUCUUUAUUUCCUGAAUGUUGGUAGACCCUUCAUAGCUUUGUUAUAAUGAAACCUUGAACUGAAAAUAUUUAAUAAAAUAACAAUGAAAUGAUGCAAAAAAAAAA